GCGAGACAUGUAAAACAGACGGUGCGUUCUAAGAUCGUGCGAAUCCCUCUCGAUCUCGACCUCCAUAAAAGGCGGUUACGCUACCAGACCCGCCCUCAGAUCCCUAAAUUUUUUUUUUCCCUCGCUUUCUUUCCACUUUCCCUCUAUCCAAACGCUCGAUAAGCAAACCGGUUUUUUAUCCGUUUUCGGUGUUGAGAAGUCAAAGGCAAAGGGAUUUUUGGAAGAUGAUGAUGUGGAACCAGCCGUACCGGAAGGAUGACGUGGAGUCGGGAGCCAGGCCUCUGUAUCCGAUGAUGCUUGAGAGUCCGGAGCUUCGCUGGAGCUUCAUUCGGAAGGUUUAUUCGAUCAUAACUCUGCAAUUGAUGGCCACGAUUGUCGUGGCAGCGGUUGUGGUUUCCGUUCAUCCGAUCUCUCACUUCUUUGUCAGUACUGGCGUAGGGAUUGCUCUCUACAUUGUUCUCAUUUUAGUUCCCUUUAUUACGUUGUGUCCGUUGUACUACUAUCACCAGAGACAUCCGGUGAACUAUCUUUUGCUCGGGGUUUUCACCAUUUCUCUGGCAUUUGUCGUUGGAUUGACCUGUGCAUUUACUAGCGGCAAGGUCAUUCUGGAAUCUGUGAUCCUGACAGCCGUGGUUGUUGUGAGUCUCACUCUGUACACAUUCUGGGCUGCUAGGAGAGGCCAUGACUUCAGCUUCCUUGGACCCUUCUUGUUUGGUGCUGUCCUAGUUCUCAUAGUUUUUGCUUUCAUCCAGAUACUCUUCCCAUUGGGUAAGUUAUCAGUGAUGAUCUACGGUUGCUUGGCCUCGAUCAUAUUUUGUGGGUACAUCAUAUAUGACACAGAUAACCUGAUCAAGCGCUAUACGUAUGAUGAGUACAUUUGGGCUGCAGUAUCUUUGUAUCUGGACAUCAUCAAUCUCUUCCUCUCUCUGCUGACUAUUUUUAGAGUUGCUGAUGGUUGAAAGAGUAUAUAUGUUUAAUGUCUUAGGAUCCAAAAGAAAAAAAAAGAUUGUGUUCUCUCUCUCUCUCUCUCUCUCUCGUUUUGGCCGGUGUACAUCUCAAAGUUUCAUGUUAAAAACAUGCUGGUAUUCUGUUCCCAUCUCCAUUAAAUGGUUGGAUUGAAUGAGAGUGUUUUUUUUGUUUUCUUGCAUGUUUCUUUUGUGAUGCUGAAAGAAACAUGGGAUCAGUCAACACGGUGAAGAUACCAUGGUCAUAAUGCCACUGCUGCCAUAAGUUGGAAUGAAUUCUACAAGAUCCUGCUUCUUGAUCACCAAUUUCAUCCAAGUGCCUGCCUUCUGAGUGUUUUUUCCUGCCAACUAUCUUAUUGUUAGCCUGUUUCUUAGCAUAUCCUUCUUUCUCUCGCAGCCUAUUUCAGCACAAGCCUAUCCAGCGUUGAAUGAUAAUGUAUAAGGCGGCCUUCAGCAGAGCAUGAUUCCCAAAAGCUUUGCUCGAGCUCAUUCCCAGCAAAUGUGCCAAUUACAUAUUGGAUUAUUCGUGCAAAAAGAGCCUAGCUCCAUCAUACAACAGCCUAUCUCCUUAAACACUU